CUUGGACCCCACAUUCACUACUACCGGUCUCCCCGGACCCUGCAUUCACUAUUACCGGUCUCCCCCGGACCCUGCAUUCACCAUAUCUGUUCUCCCCGGACCCCACAUUCACUACUACCAGUCUCCCCGGACCCUGCAUUCACUAUAUCUGGUCUCCCCAGACCGGACCCUGCAUUCACUAUGUCUGGUCUCCCCAGACCGGACCCUGCAUUCACUAUAUCUGGUCUCCCCGGACCCUGCAUUCACUAUAUCUGUUCUCCCCGGACCCCACAUUCACUACUACCGGUCUCCCCGGACCCCGCAUUCACUGUAUCUGGUCUUCCCGGACCCCGCAUUCACUGUAUCUGGUCUUCUCGGACCCCGCAUUCACUAUAUCUGGUCUCCCCGGACCCUGCAUUCACUAUAUCUGUCCUCUCCGGACCCCACAUUCACUAUUACUGGUCUCCCCGGACCCUGCAUUCACUGUAUCUGGUCUCCCCGGACCCUGCAUUCACUGUAUCUGGUCUCCCCGGACCCUGCAUUCACUAUAUCUGGUCUCCUACAGUACACAGAACAUGGAAAUGCAAUUAUGUUAGUAAAUAUAAACUGCUAAAUACCUUUUCUCAUCAGAAGUUAGAGCAGUCUUGU